UUGGAUUAUAUAGAAGAAGCUAUUAGGGCUUCGGAGGUACAUAUGGAAUCGAUUGGAGGGAAAAGGGAAGAUGAUUACAACAAUAGCAAUCAGCAGCCAGCCAUCUUGGAUGAAGAUAAUGAACGUGUCGCCCUCGAUCUUAAGGCUGGCCUCCACCCUCUCAAACACAAAUUUGUAUUUUGGUACACUCGGCGAACUCCGGGAGUCAGAACUCAAACAUCAUACGAGGAUAAUAUCAAAAAGAUUGUAGACUUCAGUACCGUGGAAGCUUUUUGGGUAUGCUAUUGUCACUUGGCUCGCCCCUCCACAUUGCCAAGCCCAACAGAUUUGCACUUGUUUAAGGAUGGUAUUCGUCCUCUGUGGGAGGAUUCUGCUAAUUGCAAUGGCGGGAAAUGGAUUAUUAGAUUUAAAAAGGCUGUCUCUGGCCGUUUUUGGGAGGAUCUGGUCCUAGCAUUAAUUGGGGAUCAACUUGAGUAUGGAGACAAUGUUUGCGGUGCAGUACUGAGCAUCCGGUUUAACGAGGACAUAUUGAGUGUAUGGAACCGCAAUGCAUCUGAUAAUCAGGCAGUGAUGGGGCUGAGGGAUUCUAUCAAGCGGCACUUGAAGCUUCCCCAUAGCUAUGUGAUGGAAUACAAGCCGCACGAUGCUUCACUGCGCGACAACUCCUCUUAUCGUAACACUUGGCUAAGAGGUUAGAAACAAGACUGCAGUUGUGCAUUAAUUCUUGACCACAAUUCAGACCACUUCUUUUGGUGAUCAAAAAGUGAGAAAAUGCAAACUGCCCAGUGUAACAGUUUUAUGUAUGACUUCGACCCAUUUUUCACAUUUAUAACUUUGUGUUGAUCCUUUUUACAUGUUCAUUUAUUAUGUACACUUCUGCUAUGGUUUGCAUCUAUCCUAGGCCUAGGAAAAUGGGUUUACAAUGUUGUUCCAGUUUGUAAUUUUCAUGGUUUAGUAUCUUUUUUUCUCUCAUUAUUUGCUUUAGUGGAAUGGAAAUUAUGGGAUGUGAGUUAUACAACAUUUGGUGGAAUCAUUCACAUUUCCGUGAAAGAGAUUUACUUGUCGCAUAAACUUGUCUAUUAAUUGUGUUGAUUAAUUUUAUAUGCACAUCUCCAAAUGAAG